AUGACCCUAACAACCCACCUCCUCAACACCCACCCCCCAACCCCCAAAGCAAUCGCCCACCCCUUCCUAACCUCCGCCGGCAAAGGCACAAUCCCAACACAUCUCCUCUCCGCCUGGCUCGCCCAAGACCGACUCUACGCGCAGACCUACAUCCGCUUCAUCGGGCACCUCCUCUCCAAAAUCGACCUGCCCGUGCUCCCCCCCUCGCAGAAGGCGGCCGAGAACGAGAAGCAGAAACAGAAGGAAAAGAAAACCGAAGCGCACCAAAGCGCAGCAUCCACCCUCUCAGCGUGCCUAUCCAACAUUCUCACCGAGCUAGCAUUCUUCGGUUCUAUCGCUGAUGAAUACGGUCUCGAUCUAACGCCCUAUACUUCUUUCCCUACCCUUUCUUCUGCAGCGGGGUCGUCCACCACCACCACCACCAACAAUGAAGAAAGGGAAAAAGGCCCCAACCCAACGACCCAAUCCUACACCGACCUCUUCAUAGCUUCCUCUGCAAGCCCCACAGCGUCUCUUCUUGAAGGAUUGGUCGUGCUGUACGCGACGGAGCUUUGCUAUUUGCGGGCUUGGAGGCAUGCUGCCUCUAUUCUGUCUGAGCGGUUGCGGGGUAAUAACGCUGAUGGUGGGGAAGAUGCGGACGGAGGAGCCCUGCGCAGGCUAAUUCCCAAUUGGGCGAGUGUGGAGUUCGAGGAGUUUGUGGGGAGGAUUGGGGAGGUUGUUGAUUUUGUUGCUGAGUGCGAGGGGUUAUCUUCUUUGGGGGAGGGAGGGCAGGGUGGUGGGGGAGAGGAUGAUGUGGAUGGUAUGUUGGGAAAGUGUGAAAAAUGGUGGAGGCAGGUUGUGUGGUUGGAGGAGAGGUUUUGGCCCGAUGUUGAGUGA